AAUAAAAAAAGUGAACAGUUGACAGCUGCGCGUCGAUAUUUUAGAUGGCAGCACACGUCCUGUCAAAUGUAGCUCAGUUACCGCCCGUCCCCGGGCGAACGUUAAAGCGUGCGAGGUUGUCGUCAAACCGAUCAAUACCCUCGACGGCGGAUUGAAAAACAAUAUCGUAAUAAGCACUUACGCUACGAACUGUUACGCCAUAAAUAAAAAAUGUCCAAUUAAUCCCCUUUAGCGUUAUAAAUGCAAUCGAUAGCGCUUAAUCGUUGCAAAUUACGGACUAUUCUGUCAGAUUGAUGUGGGAAGGGCCACGGUAGAUUCAUGUCGCACAAUAAUUAAUAUGUAAUCCAAAUCCUGUGAGAUGAGUGAAUUUUUAAUUUUUAUUCGCCUUUAAAGUGAAACUGGGGUGUUGUGUGAUUUGUGAAUAGAUUUAUAGCUGUAUUAUUAUUCAAUUUCGACGAAUAGAACUUCAAUAUAGCAACCAUAAAACGUCAUCUGUCAUUGCAAUGUCACAAUGUGCACAGAUUAAACAGUGCCACAGAUCCAAGUGCAGACAUGCCAUAGACUAAAAAGUUGUAGUGUAGUGAUGUGCUAAAGUUAAGUUUCUAUAAUGGCAACGCCCCCGGAGUCUCCUGUGGAGGAACAUGCGUAUGAAUUGGAACCGAACCGAGCGCCGAAACCGAUACCUGUGGCUUUGGAAGAAUUGUGUAGGCAAACUAAGUUUUCUAAACAGGAAAUUCGAGUCAUGUACAGAGGAUUUAAAACGGAAUGUCCCGAAGGUGUGGUGCACGAAGAGUCCUUCAAAGAUAUAUACGCGAAAUUCUUUCCACACGGCAAUUCAGCGUUAUACGCCCAUUAUGUCUUUAAAGCCUUUGAUGUUAACUGCAGCGGGGCUAUAAGUUUCAGGGAACUCCUCGUAACCCUAUCUACGCUGCUACGCGGCUCAGUCUACGAGCGUCUACGCUGGGCGUUCCGGCUCUACGACGUAGACGGUGACGGUGCUAUCACCAGGCAGGAGCUCGGUGAAGUCGUUGUGGCGGUCCAUGAACUGCUGGGCCGGAGAGCACCGCCUGGAUCACCGGCUUCUAGGAUAGAUGACGCUAAGGCUAAUGAACAGGUUGACCGCGUGUUCAGGAAGCUGGACUUGAACCAAGAUGGCGUGAUCACCAUAGAGGAGUUCCUAGAGUCGUGCCUGAAGGAUGACGUCAUCACUCGCUCGCUCCAAAUGUUCGAUACAGGACUAUGACGUCAGAGUGAUACAGCGCGCGAAACUAGCCCGUCCCCCAGGCUGGUCCGCAAGCGGGCCCCGCGGCGCUGCUGCUGCCGCGGCGGUGCGCUGCGAUCCCUCGCCGCCGCGUGCCGAGCUCAAGCACCACACUAUAUAGCUCUAGUUGAGCGGUUUUAUGUGAGAGUACUGCGACCGAAGAUUAAGAGCGUUUUGAUUUUUCAGUUCUAGUCAUGUUAGUCAUGGAGGGUCAUGGGGAUUUUUACCAUCUUGUUAAUUGGCAAUAUGACUUGAGAUUAAAUGUGGAUAUAACAAAUGGGGUUAUUAUGAAGGUGCUCUGGAGCCUCGCUGCCACGUGCCAAGCUCAAGCACCACAUUAUAGCUCUAGUUGAGCGGUUCUAUGUACUGCGACCGAAGAUCAAGAGCGUUUUGAUUUUCCAGUUUUAGUCGUCGGGGGUCAGGGGGGUUGUGAACAUCUUGUAACUAAUUUGCAAUAUGACUUGAUAUUGAAUAUUGAUAUUGAAUGGGGUCCUGUUUCUUGUUGGGGGUUGAAGCAACGAGCGUUAUGACUAACUUGUAACUUAUCGGCUAUAUAAGUCAAUAUAAAAAAGUGCUUCUAUGGGAGGGUUUAGUUAGUAAUUGGUUUAGUUACUAUAGACCGCAUCUAGUCAGAGACCCCUCUUGAUUAUAAAUAUAUUUUGCAAAGUCAAGAGGCUCGUGACACCCUCGAACUCAAAACCAUCAAUACAAUUUUAUCAUAUUUACUUACAUCUUUACUUACAACUUUGUACUA